AUGGGAUUAAGUAAUUUCAAUAUUAUUGCCGUUGUUAAUCGUGCCGUGAAUUUCAAUAUUACGCUGAUCGUUGUGUGCCUGAUAUCGUCGGUUGUGGCGGCAUAUCCUUCGAACACGUACAAGGAUUUGGAUAUAUGCAAUCACUGGAAUGGUCGUCGACAUUUCCUGGAAUUGGGUGAACGUGGUGAAUUGCAUGCACGCAAUGUGACCACCUCUGCAUAUCGUAGUACCCUCUACUCAUCGGCAUCAUCGACAUCCUCGCCCAGUAAUGUGGCUGCCACCACAACGCUGAAUGGCGCCAAGAUUCGUUCCAAUUUGGAUUUCUGGUAUCAAUGCAACCUGGAACUGGUCACCUGUGCUGAGUGUGUUAUACGCAUCACCGUCACCUUUGCCAAUUUCUCCAAGACCUGUGAACGUAUCGCCAAUUCAGCGGUGGGCAAAUCCUCCCUAUGUCCCUGUGAACAUAUACAAUUUUCGGAACCACCGUACGACAAUACGAUAUCGGGUCAAGAGUUUUGCGGCGAUGGCAAGGUGAUUCGCAGUAAAACGCGAACACUCUUGUUGAAGUUUUUCUAUAGGGCAACAAAUAGUCAUGUCUUUUCGUUGCAAUACUUUUCCGAACGUAAUGUGAAAAUCGUUAGCGGUAUACCGCGACAAAUCGACCUAUCGACAAAUCCGAACAGUAAUAUACCACAAAUCAUCUCAACACCCUAUUUCCCUAUGAAUUAUCCCCGUGAUUAUGGUACGGAAUAUAUUUUGACAUGUGAUUCGGACAAUUGUCAUGUACGUUUGGAUUUUACCGAUUUUCAAUUGGGUCUCACCUCCACCAUGGAAAUAUUCGAUUCGAAUGGUCAAAUGGUCGAUUCGUAUACGGGUGAACAUUUUCGUCCGCCGAUCAUCAUCAGUACGGGUAAAUCGUUGUUAUUGCAAUUUCGUGGUAACGGUGUAACCAGUUCGGGAUUUCGGGCCGAAGUUACAUUUGUAACGCCCAGUCAGCUGAAGGAGGAUCGUCUGAUGCCGUAUACUGACUGUGGCGGCUUGGUGUCUGGACCUGGUGGUGCCAUUACCAUGAUGAAUAUGAUUGAGAAUGCCACCGAUGUGCGCAUGUUCGAUUGUAUUUGGAUAAUUAAGCCCAGCAAUAAUUACAUUAUGAUGAAGACCCACAUCUCGUUGCGUGUUGAUGAAUUCCAUAGCAUGGCUUCGAGAUCCGAAUUGACCAUUCGCCAGGGUACCACAUCCGAUUCGCCCGAAAUCGAGGAUGUGGUAUGGCCCAAUAAUGGUAUGUCAAAGGAGAAUCAUGUUGUACCCGUGCUGACCGGUUACUAUAUUCGUUUGCGCGGUGUCUUUGGUAUGUCCUCGAAAUUGGCCAUUGUCUACAGUGUCUUCAACUAUUUGAAUUGCUACAUCGGUUCGGAAUUCCUGUGCAACAACAAUCACUGCAUCUCGAUACGUUUGCAUUGCGACGGUUUCGAUCAUUGCGGCGAUGGCAGCGAUGAACCCGAUACCUGUGAAGAAGAUUGGGCCCAUCUGCAAAACGAUCGUCGGUGGUAUUCGCAUAAGCCGAACUAUUAUUUUCCCAAAAUUGAACAGUAUCCCGAUUUGAAGACAGCCACUGGUAUUUUUGUUAUCUCAACUUUGGGCAUCUUUGCUGUGCUCUCCGGUUGGAUGGUGAUUCUGUACAGGAUGGGUGUAAGGGCACGGCAUCAAAGGGAAUUACAAAAUCAUUUGCAAACUAUAAGCGAACUUUUGGAUCGCCAAGAGGAAAUCAUACCCGAUGAACCUCCCAGCUAUGAGGCCCCACCCGAUUAUGAAGAGGUCAUAAAAAUCGGCAUGGAUCAUGAAAUGCGUGAACCCCGUGAAUCCCGUGACCGUCAACGCCAGCGUAAACACCAUCGUCGACGUGGAGAACGCAGCUGUAGUCGUGCCAAUAGCAACACGACAGUCUCCUCCACGGUGCCCAUACACAAUUUCAGUGAUAUGCCAUCAACAUCGGCAGCAGCUUCGGAAAUGUACAAUUUACGCAGCACUCCAGAGGCUUUAGUUGAAUUGGAGGGUGCCGUCGGAAAUUCUGUAACGGCCACCGCCGUUGUAACAACUCCCGAUUUGGUGCAACAGGUGGCGAGGGCAACACAAAAUUGUGAAUCUCGUUUGCAGGUAUUGCAGGCUCGGCUCAAACAUCAGAGACAGAGGCAGCGCAAGCUACAUGCCAGUGUAAUUAUACUAUUUAUUGUUAUUUGCAGCUCUCCCAACACACCCCAAGUGGAAGAAAGUGCCCGAGAUUUUUGUGAUGAUUCUUUAAAUAUAUCCUGUACAUUGGGUGUAUUACAUCCGGUAUCGGCUCCAGUCCCUGGCAUCGCCAUUAACGAAAAUAUUAAUGAAGCUACAACAGCACGACCCAAAAGUUCUGUCAACUGCACCGAACACACAUAUUUAAAAAAGACAUGGAUUGUUAUGAACAACGAUGGCAAAGGCUAUCGGGUGCAGCGAUUGCGUCCUACAUUCUCUUCACCUGAAUCAUUUCUAAGCGACUGGUCGUGCUAUGGUGACUCACAAAAUUAUGGUUCCAUUUUGGCCCAUGAUCAACGUUCGAUUAUCAGCAAUAAUACCAGCAACUGUAUCUCCGAUAUAUCCAGAGAUCCGUCCUAUGAUACUGGCAUACAUUUCAAUAUGCCGCGAGUGAAAAGCAAUGGCAGCUGUAGUAAUAAAUCGCAGGAUAUCGCUUCGACUUCUUCCAUGUAUACGCAAAAUAGUCAUACAUCGGACCCCAACGAGGCUAUAACAACACAAUUGAUUAUGACGAGUCUUGAACAGGAUAGCGAAGAUGAUGAACGCAGCAUUUCUUGUUUCAGUGGUGUCAAUAAUCCCUUUAGGACGGCGAAUGUCAAUAAAACGAAAUACACCUCCGUGGCUGGGAGCAGUUAUAGUGCUGUGGGGGGAAACAACGGCGGGAGUGGUAGUGGCAGUGGUGGUAUUUCACGCAUGCGUCGUCGUCAUUGUCGAAGUAAAUCCUUUACCAACUCGGGUCGUUUCAGUGAUCCCCGGCAAGAGAACACCAUUAAGCGAAGUUCAUCGGCUAAUCUGUUACAAAGUUUCGAAAGCGUUAGUGAAAAUAUGAAUAGUGAUAGUAAGGAAUCAACGUUAUAUUUAAUUUAA